AUGUCUGUCUGCGCCCUCCUCCUCUCAUGCGCUAUUUUCUGUGCGACACCGGCGUUUGGAUCACUUCAGGAACGUCGGCUAUAUGAGGAUCUCAUGCGCAAUUAUAACAAUCUGGAACGACCAGUAGCCAAUCAUUCGGAGCCAGUUACAGUACAUUUGAAGGUAGCCCUCCAACAAAUAAUUGAUGUGGAUGAGAAGAAUCAAGUAGUUUAUGUCAAUGCUUGGUUGGAUUAUACGUGGAAAGAUUACAAUUUGGUCUGGGACCAAGCAGAAUACGGUAACAUCACAGAUGUCCGAUUUCCGGCAGGAAAGAUAUGGAAGCCAGAUGUUCUUCUUUAUAAUAGUGUAGAUACGAACUUUGAUUCAACUUAUCAAACAAAUAUGAUUGUUUAUUCAUCUGGGUUGGUUCAUUGGGUUCCACCAGGAAUAUUUAAGAUUUCGUGUAAAAUUGAUAUCCAAUGGUUUCCGUUUGACGAGCAGAAAUGUUUCUUCAAAUUCGGAUCCUGGACAUACGACGGCUAUAAACUUGAUCUUCAACCAGCAACGGGUGGAUUUGAUAUCAGCGAGUAUCUUCCAAAUGGAGAAUGGGCGUUACCAUUGACCACUGUGGAAAGAAACGAAAAGUUCUAUGAUUGUUGUCCGGAACCCUAUCCGGAUGUUCAUUUUUAUCUUCACAUGAGACGACGAACUCUUUAUUACGGUUUCAAUUUGAUUAUGCCAUGUAUUUUAACAACACUUAUGACACUUCUAGGAUUCACUCUUCCUCCAGAUGCCGGAGAGAAAAUUACACUACAAAUCACCGUUCUUCUUUCGAUUUGUUUUUUCUUGAGUAUUGUUUCGGAGAUGUCACCGCCCACUUCUGAAGCAGUGCCACUUUUAGGUAUCUUUUUCACGUGUUGUAUGAUUGUGGUCACUGCUUCCACCGUCUUCACUGUCUAUGUAUUGAACUUGCACUACCGUACUCCAGAGACUCAUGAAAUGGGUCCAUGGACUCGUAACCUUCUUCUCUACUGGAUUCCGUGGAUUCUUCGUAUGAAACGACCCGGACAUAAUCUAACCUACGCUUCACUUCCAUCUCUUUUCACUUCGAAACCAAAUCGUCAUUCGGAAUCUCUCAUUCGAAAUAUCAAAGAAAAUGAGCAUUCGUUGUCUCGUGCCAACUCAUUCGAUGCAGAUUGUCGUCUCAAUCAGUACAUAAUGACUCAGUCGGUGAGCAACGGAUUAACGAGUAUCGGAAGUAUUCCGAGUACAAUGAUAUCUUCUGCAAAUGGAACGACGACAGAUGUUUCACAACAAGCAACACUUCUGAUUCUUCACAGAAUAUAUCAUGAAUUGAAGAUUGUGACAAAGAGAAUGAUCGAGGGAGAUAAAGAGGAACAGGCAUCCAAUAAUUGGAAAUUUGCUGCUAUGGUUGUUGACCGCCUAUGUCUCUACGUUUUCACAAUUUUCAUAAUCGCCUCAACGAUUGGAAUCUUCUGGUCGGCGCCGUAUCUUGUCGCCUAA